AUGUUUCAAAUGUUGUUUGGAGACCUUGAGAAUGAAGGAUUGGUAAUAGGAAUAGAUGAAAAGCAACUGAAGGCAAAAAUAAAAAAUUUAAAGGACGUAUACAGAAAUAAGCUAGCAAAAAUUGAAAAGAAUAAAAAAAGUGGAAGUGGUACAGAUGAGUUAUAUUCUCUAAGACUUACGUGGUUCAACUCUGCCAACUUUUUUCGUGAAGUUUUAUCUACGAGACACAGCCAGUCAAAUUUGGUAAGUUUGAAUAUUAUAUAGUAUAAUAAUAUUGUUAGUGUUAUAAAUUAAUAAUUAAUACCAAUAUUCAAAGUAUACAGAAACUAUUUUCUAUUUAUAUAUUUUGUUUAAUUUUAUAGAUAUAAAUGUAACGCAAAUGAAUAGCUUAACAUGUAUUUAUUUGCUAAUUUUAAUUAUACUUAAAAUUUAAUUUUUCAUAAUUGAUUACAUAAAAGUACUUAAAUAAAUUCAUUAGGUAUUUUUAUAUAGUUAUACCAACUUUUUCCCAUUGCCACGGUAAAGGAUUUUCCUUUAUAAAAUAUUUUGCCAAUGAACUCCUAACAUCUUCUGCAGCUCGUUUAUAGUUGUUGCUGCCCAUUCUAUUGACAGCUUCUAGAUUAUUCACGUGUUCUCUCCAUUCCCCAGGAAUAAUAUUGCCGUUGUUAAAAUCCUCUUGGUCAACUGCUUGUGGAGGUAUAUAGCUAUUUGGAGUAGUUUUACGUAGCCAGUUGUGUAGACUGCAAGCUGCAUAUAUUACUUUAUCUAUUGUUUUACGCUGUACAAAGGCAGAUGAAAAAGAGUUAGAAGUAUUUGAGAGAAAGAUAUUUGGCCCAAAGAAAAACAAUGAAGGAGAAUAUNAUAACGAAACCAAUAUUGUAGGGAUCUUGAAAAGCGCACGAAUAGGCUGGGCUGGAUAUGUAUAGAUAUCAAAAGGACUAAUCGGACAAAUAACUACAUGGAAACCAAACGCAAAGAAGCCCAGAGGACGUCCUAGACAGAGAUGGUCAGAUAGAAUAAAAGAAGACCUAAAGAGGUUGGGAGUAAGGAACCUAAAGAGGUUGGGAGUAAGGAAUGCUGAAGAAACGGCACAAAAUAGAGAAGACUGGAGAAAACGGCACAAAAUAGAGAAGACUGGAGACAAUAUGUUGUUGCGGCAAUGGGCCUAA